AUGAACAGGAUCCGUGAGAAAAUUGGAGAUAUUGUAAAAAGAGGAGUCCUAAGACACAGUCAUGAUUGGGAUAGCAAUCUAGCAAACUUAACAGAAGUAGUACAUCGCGUGAGUAAAGCGUUAAAACCUUCUCUUAAACUAGAAAAGUGCCGUUUUUUCCAAAAGGAAGUGGAUUUCUGGGACAUGUGGUCAAGCCAGGAAGGAAUUAAGGCACAGCAUCAAAAGAUUAGGCCAAUUAGGGAUUUUCCUAGGCCGAAAGACUUUAGAGAACUACAGUCUUUCUUGGACUUGACAAAUUAUUACCGUAAAUUUUUGGAGAAUUUCAGCAAAUGGCUCGCCCCUUGUAUAGAGCUAACAAGAGGGGGAAGAGAAAAACCAACCCCUCUCAUUGAUGAUUCGGAUAAUGAAGCCGAGUGA